AUGCCGCCGCCGCGCUAUGGCAAGGCGUCGAAGGCGAGCAAGAAGGAGGAGAAGAAGCCCUCGGGCCCGUCGCAGGCCGAGCUCCUGGCCAAGGCGCGGGAGGCGCAGAUCGCCGAGCGGGACCGCGUGCGCAAGGAGCGCGAGGCCGCGGCGCAGCAGCGCCGCGAGGCGGGCAAGAACAAGAAGCCCGGCGCGGGCAGCCGCCAGAGUAUCCGCGACCUGAAGAAGGAGCACGCGGCGAAGAAGGAGGCCGAGGCCGCGGCCCUGGGGACCGACGGGAGGAGCUGGAAGGCCAUGACGAAGUCGAAGGCGCGCCUCGCGGCCGAGGAGGCGUACAUGGCCAAGCUCAUGGACGACGACGAGAGCGAGCGCGAGAAGUACACGAGCUUCUGCGCCCACAUCGCGGCGACGGAGAUGGAGGUCUGGGUCGAGGAGGUCUUCGCCGGCGUCGACCUGUGCCGAAAUCAACCAGUGGCAUGGCCCUGCGUCGACACGGACGCGGACGGCGAGAUCACGCUCUACGACUUCGAACUAUUGGAGGGCCGCGAGGGCUCGAGCUCC